ACCGCAGGAGGUGGUUUUGAACUUCUGGUCUAUCAAGAAUUUUAUUUGCCUAAAAGUUUCGUUAUUACUUUGGAUGACUUCCUGAAUGCCCAAUAUCAGGGCUAUGGUUGCGUAGUGUGUUUUUGA